GAAGGCCGCGAAAUCAUUUGACGAGUUGUUGGAGAAAAUAAUUCAAGAGCACGAGAGUAAUCGUUGUGACAAAGAUAAAAUACACAAUAAGGACUUUGUGAAUAUUUUGUUGUCACUCAUGCACCAACCUAAUGAUAUCCAGAACCACCAUGACAUCAUUGAUAGAACAAACGUGAAAGCGGUUAUAUUAGACAUUAUUAUUGCAUCUUCUGAAGCCUCUUCCAAAACAAUAGAUUGGGCCAUGUCACUACUCUUGAGGCAUCCAUCUGUCAUGAAGAGACUUCAAGAGGAGCUGAAACAUGUGAUCGGAAUGAACAAACACGUGGGGGAAAAUGACUUGAAAAAGUUGUCUUAUUUGAACAUGGUGGUGAAGGAAACAUUAAGGCUUCACCCGAUUGGACCUUUACUAAUACCACGCGAGUGUAGAGAAGAUGUUAUUAUUGACGGUUACUUCAUAAAGAAAAAAACAAGAGUUAUAAUAAAUGCAUGGGCAAUAGGACGAGAUCCUAAAGUUUGGGACAAGGCCGAGAUUUUUGAUCCUGCAAGGUUUGAGAAUGACAACGUAGACCUUCAUGGAAAUGACUUUCGGAUUUUACCAUUUGGGUCAGGUCGAAGAGGGUGCCCUGGGAUGCAUUUAGGUUUAACUACGAUUAGUCUUGUUUUGGCUGAACUGGUGCAUUGUUUUGAUUGGAUGCUUCCAUUAGGCAUGCAUUGUGAUGAGUUAGAUAUGGAAGAGAUAUUUGGACUCAGCACACCAAGAAAAAAACAUCUCUUAACUAGGCCAAUUUACCAGCUAGCUACUUAGGUUAAGAGAGAAUACUAAAGCAAAGUAAGGUCUAUCUAGAUAUAUUUGUGGUUGAU